AUGGCGGCGGCCGGGGCGGGCGCGGGGCGGAAGCAGGUGCGGCAGGAGGAGCUGCGGCGCCUCAUGAGGGAGAAGCAGCGCCAGAACGCCGGCAAGAAGCGCAUCGACUCGCCCUUCGCCAAGUACAACAGCCUGGGGCACCUGAGCUGCUCCCUGUGCAACGCGCCCGUGAAGAGCGAGCUGCUGUGGCAGACCCACGUCCUGGGCAAGCAGCACCGGGAGAGAGUUGCAGAAUUAAAAGGCACAAAGCAGACGGCCACUGGCUCAGCUGCUGGCACAUCCUCUCAUCCUGUCAAGAGAAAAACAGUUGAGACAGAAAAUACAGACCUAAAGAGAGUAAAAGGUACAGAUGAAAAGCCACACACGUCUUCAUCAGGGCUGCCAGCAGAUUUUUUUGAUGAAGCACAGCCAGACAGUGCCAGUGUACAGCUUUCCAAGGGCCCAGGUCCCAGUUUGUUGUCAGGGAAUUACGAUGACGACGAUGAUGAAGAAGAGGAGGAGCAAGAACAAGCAAGCAAAUCUUCUGUUGUGCGUAAAACUGAAAUUCCACCUCCAACUCAAGAAGUCAUAGCUAAUUCUCUGCCUGCAGACUUUUUUGACACCAAAACUCCAGCUGCUCCUAUAGUUUCCCAUUCAGGAUCCAUACAGAAAGCAGAGAUACAUGAGAAGGUAAUUGAAAGAAAAGAAAACACUGCUGAAGCUUUGCCAGAAGGUUUCUUUGAUGAUCCUGAAGUGGAUGCAAAAGUGAGAAAAGUUGAUGCUCCAAAGGAUCAGAUGGACAAAGAAUGGGAUGAAUUUCAAAAGGCAAUGCGACAGGUCAACACAAUUUCAGAAGCAAUAGUGGCAGAAGAUGAUGAGGAGGGACGACUAGAUCGCCAGAUUGGAGAAAUUGAUGAGCAGAUUGAGUGCUACCGCCGUGUGGAGCUUUUGCGGAACCGCCAGGACGAGAUAAAGGAGAAGUUAAAGGAAGCCAUGAGAUUAAAAGCAGCACAAGAGAAAGAGGAGGAGGAUGUUGGGAGUGAAGAUGAAGAAGAACUGCAGGAUUUGCUGUCACAAGACUGGAGGGUGAAAGGGGCUUUGUUGUAGCAUUUUUGCAAUGUGGUUGACACUCUUUUUAUCUGUGGUCUUGGUUCCAUUGUUAGAAGGGAGAUUCUUUUGUUAAAUAUUUAUUUAAAGAGGAUCGUAAGCUAAAGAACCAAGCUUAUUAAAAAAAUUUUUGUAGAUCUACAGUAGUGUAUUACUUGUUGUAAAAACUGUAUAUUGCAAAUGUUUUACAAUACUGGAUGCACCUUUCCUAUUAAAAUGACUGGUUUCCUACCAGAAGUAUUUUAGUGGGAUUAAUUAAUCUAUAAAGAAUCUCUAGGAUUUUGGAAGCAUUAGCUCAGUUUGGUAAUUUUGAGAGUUGGCUUAUUGUCUAUAGAAGUACAUAGUCUACAGAUUUUUCCCAGAUUGAGGGUUUAGGGAAAGGGAAAUACUAUUCAUUUAUGUUUUCUUAAAAUUUGUAGGUGGCCUUCUGUCCAUUGCCCCAGCUCCCAAUAAAAUAUGUACUUUUUUUUAGGGUCUGUUACAGUUUCUCUGUGUAUAUAAGGACUAAGCUCAGAAAGGCUGAGCUACAGCUUCUCCACAGUGUAUAGCCUGUAAUGUGCCAUAGCAUUGCUGGAUAUUUUUCUUUAUGGUCUCCUGUUUUGCUUAGUGCAGCCAUCAUGUAGCAUAUGUCACACUUCUUGAACCAGAGGGAUGAGAAGGCAGUGGUUACAUAUCUGCAUCACUUAAUGAAAGGGUGACAAAAUGCCUGAGAGGAAGGUACUGCACUGGAAACUGAGGAGGUAAAAUAAUAAUUGCAAAUACUGGAAAUUUUCUUAAAAUGCUAUUUUAGGCACAGAAAGCAUCUAAAAUUGAUUCUGUUCUGAUAAACACAGAUUAGGUAAAAUCAAGAACCAACAAACUUGACGAGACUGGGACAUGGAAUGCAGAACUACCUUUGGUAAGUGUCUUUUUUUAAUUUUGUGAAUCUUCAAAUACUUCAGAUUUACUGAUGACUUUUUGAAAAUAAGAGGGACGUGUGGCUUGAUUGAUAUCAAAAAGUAAAGUUGUUAAGAACAGGUUAACCUUUCUUUAAAAUACUCUAGAUUUAAAACUAGUGAGAUUUUAAAGGGAAAAAACAAGCUUUGCUCUUAUGAAAGCAUUCCAGUUCCUUGCCUCAGAGAUUAUUAUCAACCAAGCAAUAAAGAUUAGAACAAAACUUAGAUGUUUGAUUUGCCUGUUUUGGGGGAAAUAUCUGAUAUGGCAGAAGCCCUAUCCUUAUAGUGAGAUGCUUUUUUAUCACUCCCAAUUUUUGUGAUCCUUAGGUUCAGCUCUUUCUAUUUAUAAAGCUGUCAAA